AGGUAGGAGAAACGAAGAGAAACGACUGCUCUCAGUGUUCUGUGCCGUGUGUAUAAGUAUCCCCUUCCUCCUCCUCCAACUCGAACAAUUCCUAUCUCUUUACACAACCCGGCAACUUUUACCAGCACACCGUGCUAACUCGACUAUCAACCUGAAUUCCGCCCACCUUCUCCAACAUGGCCCCGAUCCUCAACCGUAGCAACCUAGCCGCCAUCGGCUUCGCCGACGGCAACGGCGACCACAUCCGUGUCUACUACCAGGAUGUCGAGGGCUAUAUCAGGGAGACCUUCUACGACAACGGCAUCGGCUGGGCUCGGAGAGACGGUGACGUUGUCGGCAAGGGCAAGCUCGACACCGGCAUCGCCGCUACCACCUGGGCAAACGGAACGCAGAUCCGCGUCUAUUACCUCUCUGAGGACGACCACCUUGUCGAGCGCUGCUACACCGGCGGCGGCUCUGGCUGGUCCGAUGGCUCCCUAACGAGUGCGGGGUUUCGGGCAGCCCCCUACUCGCAGGUCGGCGCUGUGCCGUUCAGCCUCGACAAGCACGACGCCCGUGUCUACUACCAGGACACCGAGAACAACAUCAUCGAGGCCGUGCUCCAGCCGGCCACCGAGACCUGGGUCAAGGGCAACGCCAACCUGCCGACCGCUAUCCCCGGCACAAGCAUCUCGGCCGUGUCGUCCGACAACCGCCCGAACCGGCGCGUCUGGGUGUACUACCAGCUCGCCAACACGCAGCCUACCGAGUACCAGCUGAUGUCGAACGGCGACUGGGUGGUUGGUGGUUAUAAGCCCGCAGGCAACUUCCCCCCGGGCGCCUAUAUCUCGGCCGUCCACUGGGGCGACUACAACAUCAACGUCUUCGCCGUCGCCGACGGGAACACCCUCGUCAAAACGCCCUGGACCAAGGCCGCCGCAUGGCAGAGCACGGUGCCGGUCGAGACCGUCAUCCCUAACGCACCUAUCGCCUCAGUCAAGGUCGCCACGAUGCCGACCUGGAUCCGCGUCUACACCCAGCCGUCCGGCCAGCUCAUUAGCGAGCUGGGUUCCAAUGACGACGGUGUAUCGUUCAUUACGAUGCAAUCCUCCAUCCCUGUUGACCGUUGAUGUAGUAGCUAGUUGGCUAGUUUGGCUACCGCAGUAAAAAUGGGGCUUU